AUGGCUUUCCGUUUUGCUCUCCUGCAGUUCGUGCUUCUUGCACAGCUGCUAAUUACCCCCGCCUGUGCCGUUAUUGUCGAUUCGUUCGCCGCCCUUCCGGCGAACACAACGUAUGACUUUGUCAUUGUCGGAGGCGGAAAUUCAGGCGCUGUGCAGCUAGUGAAGGACACGGGUAACCCGCGGCCUGUGCUUGCCCAUCGACUUUCGAGUAACCCCCGAUGGAAGGUUCUCGUCAUUGAAGCUGGGCCAACGCACGAGAGCGAAGAUGCUUUCAGAACUCGCGUCCCCGGAUUUACCUUUUCUCUCGAGAGGACUAUCCAUGACUGGAACUUUACUUCGACGCCUCAAGCUGGUCUCAAUAAUCGCGAAGUACCUCUUUUUAGAGGUCACAUUCUGGGUGGAAGUAGCUCCAUUAAUGGAAUGUUCUACACUCGUGGAUCGGCAGCGGACUACGAUAGAUGGGCCAGGGUCACCGGGGACAAGGGGUGGUCCUGGAGGAGAAUGGUACCCUACAUCAAGAGGAGUGAGAAAUGGACUGAGCCCGCCGAUGGACAUGACACGACGGGACGAUAUAACCCUAGUGUUCACGGGAAUAACGGGUUGGUAUCUGUUAGCAUUGUUGGGUACUCUCAAGCGAUCGACGAUGCGGUCAUCGACGCAAGCGCGGAACUUGGGGGUGACUUUUCGUAUGAUGUUGACGUGAACGACGGGAACCAACUGGGAGUAGGCUGGGUGCAGGCGACGGUUGGGAACGGGGAGAGAAGCAGCGCGGCGACCUCCUACUUGGCGCCGCAAUAUGCCAACCGUCCAAACCUCCAUAUUUUGGUUAACCAUCGAGUUACUCGACUUGUGACGUCUGGAAUGAGGAAGGGUGUACCCUCGUUGCGGACAGUGCAAUUUGCCCCGCGUAACAGCCCUGGAUCUCCUGUGAUGGAAGUCACAGCGAAAAAAGAGGUUAUCCUUUCCGCUGGAGCCUAUGGGACACCCCAAAUUCUGCUUCUUUCUGGAGUAGGCAACCCUUCUGAGCUCCAAGCCAAAGGCAUCACUCCCGUUGUUGACUUGCCUGGUGUUGGGAAAAAUAUGACGGAUCACCCCAUGCUUAUCAUGCCUUGGGCAGUAGGCAUUCCUGGGACCAUCGUGCCGACACCUGAGCUGCAGGAGCAAUGGCUCGACGAGUGGAACACCUCGAAAACUGGACCAUUGACUAUACUUGGAAUAAACCACAAUGCGUGGAUCCGAAUCCCUCCGGAAUCAGAUAUUUGGAACGACUUUGAGGACCCCUCGUCUGGAGAACAUACGCCGCAUGUGGAAUUCGGGAUCAUCGGUGGAGCUAUGCAAUCGGCACCUCCUCCUGUGAUUAUGUCGUCCGUUAUCCCGGUUCAACCGUUGUCUCGAGGUUCGGUUACGCUCGCGUCCUCGGAUCCCUUUGCUGAUCCGGUCAUCGACUCUGGCGUCUUGACCUCCCCAUUCGACAUGUUUACGUUCAAGUAUGGCAUCUCGGAGAUGAAACGCUUCUUCAACGCAUCGGCGUGGCAAGAGUAUAAUCUCACGCUUGCUGAAGUGCCAGAAGACGAAGACGAUUGGGACGAGUGGAUCAGAAAUGUUGCAUAA